AUGCUAACGCCGAGUUUAGCUGACUAUAGUUAGCACUCAGAUAACCUAACCUUAGCUAAUGUAGAUAAGCUAGGUUAGUUUGCUGAAGUAACUCAGUUUCUUUCGUAACUAGACGUUUAUGAGCGAUCUUUUAAAAGUCGUACUUUGUAACUGCGGUUAUUGUCUUUCUUCGGUGUGAAAUAUCUGCUACAUUGACCGACGCAACUCUUUGUGUGCAAGUUGGGAGCCAUGGGCAACACCAGUGACCGAGUGUCCGGUGACCGCCACGGGGCAAAGGCCCAUCGUUCAGACAGUGGUGGGAGCCACAAAGACCAUGAACCUAGCAAGAUGGUGGACAGCACAGAUGACCCAAACAUCUUCAACACUCAUGGCCCUGACUCAAAGGCUUCAGGGGAGAAGGAUUUCCCUCCGGACCUAGAUGACUUGGUAAAGACGGGCCCACAGGCACGCCCCACAGUGAUCCGAUGGGGGGGUGGGGGGAAAGAGGUCUAUAUUUCCGGCUCCUUCAACAACUGGAGUACCAAGAUCCCACUCAAUAAAAGCCAUAAUGACUUUGUUGCAAUCCUGGAAUUACCUGAGGGGGAGCAUCAGUACAAGUUCUUUGUUGAUGGACAGUGGGUGCAUGACCCUUCUGAGCCAGUGGUGACCAGUCAGAUGGGGACCAUCAAUAACCUGAUCCAGGUGAAGAAAUCGGACUUUGAGGUGUUUGAUGCGCUGCAGGUGGACUCGCUUGAGUGCUCCGACUCCUCUGACUUGUCCAGCUCCCCGCCGGGUCCGUACGGACAGGAAGUGUACGUGUUCCGACCAGAGGAGCGCUUCAAGGCCCCACCCAUCCUCCCACCCCACCUCCUCCAAGUCAUCCUGAACAAAGACACGAACAUAUCAUGUGAUCCAGCUCUGCUGCCUGAACCCAACCACGUGAUGCUCAACCAUCUGUAUGCACUCUCAAUAAAGGAUGGUGUGAUGGUCCUCAGUGCGACUCACAGAUAUAAGAAGAAGUAUGUCACCUCUCUGCUGUACAAGCCCAUCUAGAGCUCGAUGCCUGGCUACAGUCUGGGCAGCACACUUCCACUGUGCUACCGCCCUGCCCACGUUACAAUACUGACUCGGUUCACAGCAGUUCUGACUUCAGCCCUCAUUCGCCAAGGAAGCUUAAGGAGUGUGUGCGUGCGAGCAUUGUCUGCGUGCGCCGUCUUCCUGCACACCCCCAUCCCCCAGCGCAGCUUUCCUGAAACGGGUUGUGUAUUUUAAGGCUGACUGAAACCCACAGGAACACUGGCAUGUUUAGAUUUACAUCCUCAGAAAUGCGUUCACAGGUUAAUUCGUGAGAUUUUUACAACGCGUGUCUUUUUAAUUGCUUUUUACGGUUUGCGUUUAUUUAAAUAAGCAGGUAUUGCAUUAUAGUGUCUGCUUGGAGAACAGUGGCUUUCUGGAUGAGAUUUUCUUAAGUAGCAGGGUUAAAGGUUGAAAGAUAGAGGGUCGAAGGCUGAAGGUCGUGUAAGUUUCAAGGCUUUUAUAGUAAGUUAUAGCAAGUUAAGGCUUUUAUAUUUCUCCAAGAAUGGUUUCAUUCUGGGUCGUGCUGUUCAAGCAAAAAAAAUAGGAGUAAACUGCAGUUCAUCAAUCACUGAAACGCUAUUAGAAGUUUAUUAGGGCUAACUGUAUUGGUGAUGAUUGUGUUUGGCAGGCAUCUGCAUGCCCUUCCACUGCAAUCACCUGAGCACUUUAACUACGUUUUCACUGUGAGGAGUUCAGCCAGAGAGCUUUCUGUUCAUUUAUGCAGUAGACAAACCUUGGACUAUAAGCUCUGGCUGGACAAAGCAAUUUCAGUACAAUGGCUUUCAGUUACGACUGAAAUGUUAUUUAUUUGUGUGUAUUGUGGUUGCUGUUAUUUAUGCAAAAUCUUGGUUUACUGUGUAUACCAUCAUAGUGUGAUCAUGGUUUGUUGGUGGUUAUCCUGGAUUUGAUGUCUUUAGUAGAUGUGUGAGAACCUACUUAAAGGUUAAUGGUUUAAUAGGUCAAAAAAGAGGUUCUUGGUAAUCUAUACUAAAUUCAGUGCAGUUUUUAAGGCUGACAUUUUGCUCAGCAGUUUGUGGUGUUUUAAACUGCCAGCACUGUCAUGCUUUUUUUCAUAUACAUUAGUAUGAAUUUGGGUUGAAAUUGAUUUGCUCCAAAGAUGUAGCAGAAAUGUGUAUUCAGAGUAUCCCAAAAGAAACAAAUAAAAUUUUACCAUUGUGAUGUGGCAAUGGUGUGAUGUGGCAAUGGCUUUUGAACUAUGGUUCUCUCAACCAGCGCAAUCUCUCUUGUUGAGCUAUGCCUUUUAUGGAAUUGACUGCAAAUUAAAAAAAAGGAAUACAUACUGAUGUUGAUCAUUUGUUUCUGAAUGAGGACCCUGUGUCCUGUGCCUUCCUGUGUGCCUCUGCAAUGUAUUGGCGAUCUGAUUGAUAGAUUUGGGGACUUUAGGACUCAAUACAUCAAUCCUGACUGGCAGUGAAUAUCUUGGGGUUCAGCCUAGCAAUAAAGUUGCCAACUCAGUAACAUGCAUUCAUGCUUAUUAGAACUCAGGUACAGAGGUUUAGCAUUAAGCAGAAUAACUUCAGCUAUAGCAUAGGUUCCUGCAACCAGAGACUAGGAAUGGAGCUACUCCAUUGUCCUGGAAUUUACAAAUAUUAAAGUAGUUUUCAUUUUCCAGAGGAGGAUGGGGGCCCCCCUUUGAGUCAUGGUUCCUCUCUAGGUUUCUUCCUUAUCAUCUGGGGAGUUUUUCCUGGCCAUUGUUUUCCUUGGCUUGCUCACUGGGGGCUUGGACUUGGACGUUUGUGAAGCUGCUUUGUGAUCACAUCUGUUGUGAAAACUGCUAUUUAAAUCAAUUUAGAUUUUUUUUUUCAUUGUAGCUUUGAAACUACAGCAAAAACACUGUAAAGUUUAAUAACAAUAAAACCUUAACAACCA